UUCUGGCUGUCUUUGCCUCGCUUUUUAAAAGCGGGCGGGAAAGCGUGGGGUGAUAGUUCUCUUUCUACAGCGGGGAGGAAACACUGAAGGGCAGCAGAAAUGGUCAGGACGAAAGCAGACAGUGUCCCUGGGUCCUACAGAAAAGCGGUCGCUGCCUCAGCGCCCAGGAAAUCACUCGGCGCCUCCAGUUCCGCCAACUCGUCGAGCAGCAGCUCUCAAGCAGGAAACCCUGCCAAAAACAAGUAUGCUGGUGGAAACCCUGUCUGUCCGCGUCCCACCCCCACAUGGCAAAAAGGCAUAGGGGACUUCUUUGGUGGACCACCUAGGAAGCCUGAAAAGGAGAACCAGGACCCAGUGUCUGAUGGGGAGGAGGCAGGAGGCAGUGGUGUGUCCAAAGCACCCAGAAAACCCAGACCUCUCCCAGAUGAAGAGGAGGAGGAUGAAUAAUUGACAUUGAUUUAAUGAGAAUAAAUACCAUUUUAUUGGUACUUGAGACUCUGAAUUUUAGUGUAAAUCCUGUACAUAAUUUAUUGCAAUGGUUUUUCAUUUUUGUACAUAAGUUUAAUAAACUUUUUUUUUUU